UUUACUUUUCCUCACACGGCACUCUUCUUCUCUCUCAUCUGCAAAAACGUUACUGUUUCUAGGGUUUUUCUUAUCGGCAACAAGAAAAGCAUUGUCCCCAUUUCAAGACCUCUGAAAAAGGCGAAAACCCACUACGCAUUUCUUCAGAUUCUCUUAUCUAUUCUCUGUAAAUACAUACCAUACAAGUGUAUAUAUACACCUAUACACAUAAUAUACAUAUACGAGUUGUGAAUUCUUUUUGAUUUCUUUGAAGUAGAGAUUUUGUAGAUCCCAACAUGAUGUUUCUCAGGGUUUUCCUUAUCUUGUCUCUGUUUUCGAUCGGUUUUUCUCACGAAAAUUCGAACUCUCACCUGCUUCCGAGACCUUUGAUCCUCGAAUACACUGAAAACGUAGAAACCCAAUUCAGAGAAUCGGAAGAAGAAAUUCGGUUGCACUGUACCAGUUGGAGAUUCGCUGUUGAGACGAAUAAUUUGAGCCCGUGGAAGACAAUCCCACAGGAAUGUGCUGAUUAUGUGAAGGACUAUGUGACGAGUCGUGCUUAUAGAAUUGACCUGGAAAGGGUCUCCAAAGAGGCCGGAGAUUACGCGAAGAGCUUGGAAUUGAGUGGAGAUGGGAAAGAUGUAUGGAUAUUUGAUAUUGAUGAGACUCUGCUUUCGAAUCUUCCGUAUUAUGCAGAUCAUGGUUUUGGGCUGGAGGUUUUUGAUAGUGUGGAGUUCGAUAAAUGGGUUGAGAAGGGUGUGGCACCAGCUAUCGGGUCGAGUUUGAAGCUUUAUGAAGAGGUUUUGAAGCUGGGAUUUAAAGUUUUCUUGCUGACUGGGCGCAGUGAGAGGCAUAGAAGUGUGACUGUUGAGAAUUUGAUAAAUGCAGGAUUUCGGGAUUGGGACAAGCUUAUAUUGAGAGCCUUGGAGGACCAUGUGAAAUCAGCAACGAAUUUCAAGUCAGAGAAGAGAAGUGAGAUGGUAGAAGAGGGACAUCGGAUUCUGGGGAACUCUGGAGACCAGUGGAGCGAUCUAUUAGGAUACUCAAUGUCCAGGCGCUCAUUCAAGCUUCCAAAUCCCAUGUAUUACAUUCCCUAAUUGAACAGACUUUGACAUUUCCAAUUAAACAAAUAAAUGUGCUGGCAAAAUUGACAGGCCAGUGAUUCUUGUCGGUGUUUGUAUUCAGACUAAAGAUUUCUAUACUGAAAUAAUUGAUUAUACCGUAUUUCCAUUUUAA